GCUUGUCUUCCCAACACCCAAAGAACAGAAACCUCCACUACUAUUCAACAAUGGCGGCUUCUUUCACCUUCAAUACAUCUCUCAGCUCUCUUCCCUCUGGCCUCAACGAUCACAGUCCAAAGCUUCUUCAAGUUGCAAGAGGGAGGCUUGGGUUUAACAGAGCAACGGCUGAGAACGUAAAAGUCUUGGCGGGUAGCAAGAAAUUUGAGCUGAGGUGCUCCGGACAGAGAGACAUGGAUUUCAGCACAUCGGCUUUGGUUGAUGGCGUAGCUGAGUGCUUGGAAGAUAUGGAAGUGAAGGAGCCGAGUGUUUCAACCACUUUGAUGAAUUUCGGGAAUUCGUUUGAUCCUUAUGAUGCUGUCAGCACUCCCCUUUACCAGACAGCCACAUUUAAGCAGCCUUCAGCAACUCAGUAUGGCCCCUAUGACUAUACUAGAGCCGGGAAUCCCACCCGUGAUAUAUUAGAAAGGUUCCUUGCCAAGCUUGAUAAGGCCGAACGCGCUUUCUGCUUUAGUAGUGGAAUGGCUGCUCUCUCUGCUGUCACACAUCUAAUUGGAACUGGUGAGGAAGUUGUUGCUGGAGAAGACAUAUAUGGCGGUUCAGAUCGGUUGCUGUCACAAGUACUUCCCAAGAAAGGAAUUGUGGUGAAACGAGUGAAUACAACUGAUCUAGAUGAGGUUGCAGCUGCAAUUGGGCCAUGGACUAAGCUUGUGUGGUUGGAGAGUCCAACUAACCCUCGCCAACAAAUUUCUGAUAUUCGGAAAAUAUCAGAGAUGGCUCAUGCACAUGGUGCCCUUAUGCUGGUGGAUAACAGUAUUAUGUCCCCUGUACUUUCACAGCCAUUAGAACUUGGAGCAGACAUUGUAAUGCACUCAGCUACAAAAUUUAUAUCUGGGCAUAGCGAUGUCAUGGCAGGUGUCCUUGCUAUGAGGAGGGAAAGCUUGGUCAAAGAUAUAGCAUUCCUGCAAAAUGCAGAAGGCUCUGGUUUAGCUCCUUUUGAUUGUUGGAUUUGCUUACGAGGUAUCAAGACAAUGGCAUUGCGGAUUGAGAAGCAGCAGGAGAAUGCCCAAAAGAUUGCUGAAUUUCUUGCAUCUCAUCCUCGAGUGAAGAAAGUUAACUAUGCUGGUCUUCCUGGUCAUCCAGGACGUUCAUUACAUUAUUCUCAGGCAAAAGGUGCAGGUUCUGUGCUUAGCUUUGAGACAGGGUCGUUGGCACUCUCCAAGUACAUUGUGGAAAAUACCAAGUACUUCAGCAUUACUGUCAGUUUUGGGAGUGUGAAGUCACUCAUUAGCAUGCCCUGCUUUAUGUCCCAUUCAAACAUACCUGCUGCUGUCCGUGAAGCCAGAGGUUUAACUGAAGAUCUUGUUCGAAUCUCUGUGGGCAUUGAGGAUGUGAAUGAUCUGAUUGAGGAUUUGGAUCAUGCAAUUAGGACAGGACCCAUGUAGAGUGCUUGUUGAUGUCAAAUAGUUGAUUUUCUGGUGCUUCAUUCUACAGGAAACUAGAAUGUUUCAUGAACAAGCAUUUGAUCAGCUUGGUUGAUAAUUGGAUUUAGUGGAAUUUUUUGGUAGAAAUAAUUGGAUUUAGUGGAAUUUUUUUGGUAGAAAUAAUUGGAUUUGGUGGAAUUCUUACUCUAAACUAUUUGGUUCCUUCUUUUUAUUUAUGGGCAUUCCUAAUUUAAAUGUGUUGGGUAUACUUGGUCUUCAUUUCCAGGUUGGAGUAGUU